AUGGAGGACUUUCUCACAAAGCUGAAGAAAAUAUCUGAACAAUAUAACAAUUUGCUACUGGAAAAAAAGAUCAUCGACAAGCGGAUUGCGAACAUUGGAGAAAAUAUUCGAAAGUAUGAAGAGACAAGGGACAAAUCGAUGAAGGAUGUGGAGUUGAAGAAAAACCAACUGUUAAAGAACAGAAAUAAACACAUAAUCAUGUGUCAGAAAAUGGAACAGCUAAAUGGAAAGUUAAAUGAAAUACUCAUAAGAAAGCAAAGCAUAGAUGAUGAUGAAGAAAAAAAAGUGAUAAAAAAACAAAUCGACACUGUUAACAACACAUAUGUUUUGUUGAAACAUGUCCAAAAUUUAAAUGACACAAUGAUUAAGGACGAAGGUAAUGACUACUAUAAAUUAAUUACAGAAAAUAUACAUAACAAAAGCUUCAGUAAUAAGAAAACGGUGAAUAUACUGAACAGCUUCUUGCGUAAAAGUCGUGCCAACAUCCAGGAGAGGCACAGCAAUGGGGGAAAAUCCUUCACAAACUCAUCCGCAAACUCAUCCGCAAACUCAUCCGCAAACUCAUCCGCAAUUUCAUCCGAAUGUCAUUUUAAAAUCAUCCAAACGAAUGACAUUGUCCAAAAACUCUUAACCCUUUUUUCCGGAGACCACACCACCCUAACGAUCGAUAAGCAACAAUUCCUGUUUGUCCUCCUGAUGAAUAUUCUGCGCGAAAUUGCUUCCACCAACGAAAGGGCCAUUCCUCCUGAUGAAUGCAACUCGAAAAAUCAUGUGAUUUAUAAUUUCCUACACAACAAUUAUAUACUGCAUUUGUGA